AUGACUCCCGUCACCAUCCACACCCUCCAUUCCAUUCCCCAAAAACACAUCGCCCUCGAAACCCUCUCUCAGAUCAACCGCUUAGAACGCAAAACCUUCCCGGCCUCCGAAGCGUUCGACUUCUCCGACCAAAGUCUCUGGCGUAAGAAGCCAAAUACUCGCAUUUUAUAUGCGACCGUAACCAGUACCAGUGCCACAUCAAACACCAAAGCCCCGGCAUACAACCCCAUAAUCGCCUACGCCCUCUAUGUCCGCCAGGGGUCCACGGCCCUCCUCCACAAAAUAUGCGUGGCAGAGCCAUUCCGCAAUCGAGGGAUUGGAAGGCAAUUACUGGUCUAUGUGAUUGAGGAGCGGCUGAGGGGGUGUGUGGCUGUGCAGUUGUGGGUGGACGAGAAGAGGGAGGCGGCCAGGAGGUUGUAUAAGGGCUGUGGGUUUAUGGAGAUGGAGGCGGUGGAGGACUAUUAUGGGCCUGGGAGGAGGGGUGUAAGGAUGGUGUUGAGAUUGGAGGGACAGGGGGAGGGGUGA